AUGUCGGCGCCGUGCGGGACGGCGGGUCGCCAGCAGCAGCAGCGGGCUGAGGAGGACGAGGAGGUGGUGGAGGUGGCGGCCAACGGCGGGGUCGACGACAUGAGAGGGAUGCCUAUGGCGGACAUCUACUGUGACACUCACUUCGUGUAA